UCACUUUGUGCCUUGGGAUCUCUUUUAAUACAAUCCAAUAGACAAAUAUAGCUAGAUCAAGAAUUUACAUAUAUGGGGAGAGCACCAUGUUGUGAAAAGAUGGGAUUGAAGAAAGGCCCGUGGAGUGAUGAUGAAGAUCAAAUCUUGAUUUCAUACAUUCAACAACAUGGCCAUCCUAAUUGGCGUGCUCUUCCUAAACAUGCCGGUCUAUUAAGAUGUGGGAAGAGUUGCAGACUUCGUUGGAUCAACUAUUUACGACCAGAUAUUAAAAGGGGAAACUUUAGCAAAGAAGAAGAAGACACCAUCAUUGAACUUCAUAAAAAGCUUGGAAAUAGAUGGUCAGUAAUUGCAUCAAAAUUACCUGGCCGAACGGACAACGAAAUAAAGAAUGUUUGGCACACCCAUUUGAAGAAAAGGCUUGAAAGUCAUCAAACCACUACAAAGAAACGUCGCACCAAAUCUAAAUGUGCUUCAUCAAAGGCUAUACCUCUUAAAGGACAGGUUCUUUCUCAAAAUCUCAUUCCACAAGAGGUUGAAUCCGAGGAACUAGACGUCUCUAAUCAACCAUCCUCUAGUGAGUCUUCAUCGAUAACAGAAACGACAACUAGCUCAUACGGUAUAACAAAGCAUGAAGACAAUAGUAAUGACAAUGAGGCGUUUCUUGAUGAUAGUUUUUGGAUAGAAACGUUAUCUUGUGAAGGAGACGACAUCGUUGAAUCUAGUUCACUAACGAACGUAUCAACCGUUGAGGUGGUUCCAACUAGUCCGCUAACAAUGAUCAAGAACAAAGACAUAUGCAAUCCAAAUUUGGGCUAUGACAUGGAUAACGUGGACUUAUGGUACGACAUUUUCACACGAAUUGAGAAUUUGUCCGACUUACCUGAAUUUUAGGUUAGAUAUAUUGAUCAUUGUAUUUUGUUAAGAUCCAGGACUAGAUUAGAUCAACUUAGUGUAGUUGUGUCUUGUUAUUUGAGUACUACAAUAUUACUAAUAAUAGGUGAGUUUAUUAUCUUGACAAAGAGGUUAUGUAAACACUUCCACUUUAAA